AUGGCGAGUACAAGUGUGAAUAAUAGUGCUCCACAAGUGCAAAUAAGAUUUGUUACUAAGCAGGAACAAUAUGCUGUUCCAGAUUUUCCAUUAUCUGUACACACAUCUAUUGCAGCAAAUGAAUUAAAUACUCUUGUAAAUGAGCUUUUAAAGGAAUCAACUGAUAUAAAAAAUGACAUAGAAUUUGAUUUCUUGGUGUGCUCACAAUUUUUACGUACUUCAUUGGCUGAGCACAUAGCAGAAAAGAAUAUUUCUACAGAAGAGGUGAUAGUUGUUGAAUAUGUUGAAAAGUAUCCACCACCAGAACCUCAGGACUGUCUUAUACAUGAUGAUUGGGUAUCUGCUGUUGCUGUUUGCGAGAAAUGGAUAUUAACUGGCUGCUAUGAUAAUACAUUACAUAUAUGGACAUCUAAAGGAAAACAUCAUCUUGUAAUUCCUGGACAUACUUCACCCAUUAAAGCAGUAGCAUGGAUAUUCUUGGCUAAUAAUGCAGCUAGUUUUGUUAGUGCAUCCCAGGAUCAAACUGCUAUAAUAUGGGACUGGAAUAUUACAGAAAAUUCUGUAGACUGUAUUCAUGUAUGCAGAGGACAUGAACGUGGACUUGAUGCUGUUAGUGUUAGUAAGGAAAAAACAAUGAUGGCAACUGGAGCAUGGGAUACAUUGCUUAAAGUUUGGUCAACAUCUAAUGAAGAUGAAAAUGAAGAUGGUGAAUCCACUUCAAAAAAAUUAAAAUCAGAACAUAGUAAAACAAAGGUACCCAAAAGAACAAUGAAAGGUCAUAGAGAAGCUAUUAGUGGUGUAGUAUGGUCAGAUAAAGCAGAAGUUAUAACAUCCUCAUGGGAUCACACAUUGAAAAUAUGGGAUACAGAAUUAGGAGGAAUUAAACAUGAACUUUCAGGAAACAAAAGUUUCUUUGACCUCGACUAUUCUCCGUUAAACCGUGCUAUUGUAACAGCUUCUGCCGAUAGACACGUUAGAUUAUAUGACCCAAGAUCUACAGAAGGGACACUUGUAAAAGCAACGUUCACAUCUCAUACACAAUGGGUGCAAUCUGUAAAGUGGUCACCACUGGACGAAAAUCUUUUUAUUUCAGGAGCAUAUGACAAUGAUAUGAAACUUUGGGAUACCAGAAGUCCUAAAGCACCAUUAUUUGACCUUUCUGGACAUGAAGAUAAAGUAUUAUGUUGCAAUUGGUCGAAUCCCAAAUUUAUGGUGUCCGGAGGUGCAGAUAACACUGUAAGAAUAUUUAAAUCGAAACACGUUGUUCGUUAA